UCUCGACGGAAUUAGUGGACUUUAGACUUGCACAGCUGGAACCAUGUCUCGCAGAGCAGCCAUAAUCGAAGAAGAAUUCGACGACGACACCGAUCUUCCUCUUCCUGGACUCCCAAAUACAGGCUCGAGAGGUCCUCUCUUGCAGCAAUUGGGCAGCGACGAUGAAGAGUCGGAUUCAGACGAUCAGCGUGCAGGUCCAGCAUCCCCACAUAAUCGCCCUCAAUUCCCCGGUAGUUCGACCCAGGAUCGAACUGGAAAGGUGACAGACAUCACUCCGUACAAAACAUGGACGUGCAUCUAUCCCAUCUACCUUGAUGCGAAACGCCCAUAUGGGACGGGCCAGCGGCGCGUAGCACGGGCCAAGGCUUUGUGGUGGCCUUUGAGUAAAGACAUCGCAGAAGCCGCAAACAGACUUGGUUUGGGCACGCUUCACGAGGUGAACAAGGCCCACCCAAGGGAUUGGGAGAACCCUGGGCGAGUGCGGGUGCAGUGGAAGAAGAACGGGAAACUGGUGAAUCCGGCGGUCAAGACCAAAAAGCAACUCUUGGAAAUGAUCAGCUUCCAGAUUCAGCAUCUGAAGCCUGAAUGCAUUCCUCGACCUCCGUAUACGCUCGCGUCGUCGUCCGACCCGACGGUGACGGCUCCCGCCAAUCCUACAGCAACAUCUGCCAGUAGCAAGGGGAAGCAACCGCUGACUACCAAGGCGAACCCGACGACUGCAUCUUCCAACGUCAAGCAGGCGCCGCCUGCACCUGCAACGAAUACCCGGGGUCAGAAGGGGGAGAAAGCAAAGGAACCGACUGUGAAGAAGGCUCACCGUUCCUUACCUGUCCCACCAGAGCCCUUACCUCCUCUGACCAGCCGAUUGUCUCCCUACUCACCUGCGCUGUCGACAGGCGUGUUGUUAGAGACAAUCAAGGCCGGAAUGAACGCCACGGAGACACCUGGUCUCCCUGGUAUGGGUGGUCCUGGUGGCGGAAUGGCGAAGGGUAAACGUAAAGUCGUUCGGGUUCGUGGGUGAUGAUCAAAUUUGGGUCUAACUUGCAACAUCUGUAUCACUACCAUUGACAAUCACAAUUCUUGCUUAACAUUC